AAAACCCUCGAAACUUCGUAUCGAGAGCUCAUCGACUUUCCACAGUAACAGAACCACCGAACCCUAGAUUUUCUUUCACCUGAAUCUGAAGAUGGAGUUCUCUACCGCCGACUUUGAAAGGCUUCUCAUGUUUGACCAUGCUCGCAAAGCUUCUGAGGCUCAGUACCUUAACGAUCCUCUUGAUUCCGAGAAUCUGGUUAAAUGGGGUGGAGCAUUGCUUGAACUUUCUCAAUUCCAGAACAUUCCUGAUGCAAAGGUGAUGUUAAAUGAUGCUAUUUCCAAGUUGGAAGAGGCGUUGACAUUAAAUCCAGGGAAGCAUCAGGCUCUUUGGUGUCUUGGGAACGCCUACACUUCCCAUGCAUUUCUUGUUCCAGAUGUUGAUGAAGCAAGAGGGCACUUUGAUAAAGCCGCUGAAUAUUUCCAAAGAGCUGAAAAUGAGGAUCCAGGCAAUGAGGUAUAUCUCAAGUCCUUGGAGGUCACAACAAAGGCCCCAGAACUGCAUAUGGAGAUACAUAAGCAUGGAAUGGGACAGCAAAUACUUGGUGGAGGAGGAGGUCCUUCCGCUUCAGCGAAUGUUAGCAGUGGUAAGAAGAAGAGGAAGAACAAUGACUUCACUUAUGAUGUAUGUGGUUGGAUAAUUCUUGCGUGUGGUAUUGUUGCUUGGAUUGGCAUGGCAAAAUCCCUUGGCCCUCCACCUCCUGCUAGAUGAAGCCUAAAGCCAUAGUAGUGAUGGGCAUAAUUUCCAUAAGAAAGAAUGCCUGCACACAACCACCUAUUUACAUUUCCUGAGCAGAGCUGUACUAAGUUGAAAAGUAACCGUUUGUGGCUAUGGUACCAACAAAUUGAUUUCUUUACUUUUAUUAUUAGGAUGUAUUGUCUCUUCACAUUGUUUUCGAUUUCUUCUUAUCUUUGUUGGAAGAGAAGUCCUUUUGCCAUUAUCUAAGCUUAUGCUGUUAUGGUUUUGUUUGUAGCACGAUCUCUAUGAGUUUCUUAUUUACAGAAAGAUACUGAAACUUCCUGUAAGAA